CUGGUGUAUACCACGAGAAAUCAGUACCUACGCUGCAAAUAUAUUUUAUUCUCAAUAUGCAUUACUUGUUUCUUAGCGGCCGUGAUCGUACGUCGGUUUGUUAUUACGCACGCGUAUGCAUUACUUGUGUAUGUUUGUGUACGUGAAAAUCAAAACAAAAUAAUUAGGAUCGUUGCGUCUCACGGAGUUUGGAUAUUGCAUACUAUGAAACAAUGUGCGUAAGUUUUUUACUCUUGCGACAGUAUACUUAUUUAACUACCUACCCAUCUUUUUUUAAUUUUAUUUUUAUUUUUUUUUAAUAACGUCUAUUAUUUAUUACUGCAUUUAUCUCUAAAUGAAAAAUCCGUAUCACGACUAUAUAGUACUUAAUGUACCAACGUAUAUUUAUAAUGUGUACCUAUACACGAUUUUCAAUUAUAUUUUAAUGUUUCGCGUUUAUAAAUAUAUCAAAAAAAUCAAUAUUUACUUAACUAAAUGCAAUAAUAUAAUACGUCGAAAUAUCUCAAUGUUAUAGGUACGUGUAGUAGGUACUAAGGAUAUCUAUAUUGGCAAUAAUUUUUUUUAAUGCGCGUAAAUCAUAAUCAUUUCAUAAAUUAAUUACAUUCUGUAACAUAUUUAAUUUAUUUUCAUCUGUUAAUAGGCAUACUGGUAUUUAUACCUGCGUCAUUUUAAAAUGUAAAAUACUCAUGCUAACAACUUUUUUUUUUCUAUUUAUUGUUGUGAAUAAUUAUAUUUAUUACACCUAUACAUUACGAUUUUUUGAUCUGUGGACGCUAUAGAAUUUAAAUCGAACUUUGUUAUAACGCGGAAAUUAUAUUAAUAUAAUUAUAUUAUUAUAAUAGUCAUCAUAAAUCUGCAUUAAAAGGAUGUACAUCGUAUAUAUAUAUAUAUAUAUAAUGUAUACGAGUUAAACACGCAGAGAUGAAAAAAAAAAUAUAUAUGCCCCACUGUUAAAUGUUUAAUACCAUUUGAUAACUUUUUUUGAAAAUAUAUGUAUUUUAUUUUUGAUUUUCAAUAAAAUUCAAAUACAGUCACAAGAUGAUAUUGCAGGCAUAGGUAGUGUGGAUGAUGUGCUUGGUGUUUCCUGAGAAUUCAUUAAUUUUCAAAAAUAAUUGAACUGAGCUCUCCAUACGGGGUAUUCUGAAUUUCAUGUUACAGUCACAUUUUCGAUAAUACAAUUUUUAAAAACUUUUCGGAAUCAUAUGUUCGAUAAAUGUUACAUUGUCCAAAUUUAGUUCACCUUUAUUUUUAAUCCACUUUUGAUUUUCAAACAAUUUUUACUAGAAAUUAGGAAAAUCUAUGAAGUUUUAGUUUAAAUACAUUUUGGUUAUGAUAAUUUUAGUUUCUGUCAAUCCGUUGACGAGGUAAUCCACUCUGAAGUUUGGGUUGAUGGGAGAGUAGUGGAGCAUAAUUUGUGCGACGGCGUAGUGCGUGACAUUUGAAAAGUGCUCUUCUACUCGCCCCUACUCAAAUUUAAAAAUGAAACAUCUCGUCAACGGGUAGACACCAAAAUGUAUUUAAACUAAAAUGUAUAAAAUAAAAUAAAAUCGUAAACAGUCACAAUUCAGACUUUCUCAGUUGCCUCUAUGAAAAAUUACACGUGUAAUUUUAGUUUAGAACACAAUUGCCUAAAUUAUAAAAUAAAUAAAUAGGUACCCAUAUGAAUAUCUUAUAGGUAGGUAUGCGCUCGAAUGUAAAGUGUAGCGAGGAGUUUCCGAGUGAUUGGUUUUUUUUUUUAGUUAUUUAAAGAAAUUUUAAAUUUUCGAGUUUUUGAGUUCAUUUGGUUUAUUUGUAUACCAUUUUUAAGGCUUUUUAAAAAUGCUCGAAAAUUUGAUAUAAGGUUUAUUACAUUAAGAUGUUCUUAUGACAAUUAAAACAAAAAUAUGAAAAAAGAACUAAUACUAUAGUAUUAUAUGCAUAAUAAUAUUACAAUAUAAUUGGUAGGUAGGUACUUAUAUUAUUUUAUAUUAAAACAAAUUAUGUUUACUUCAUUUUUAAUUUUUGUUAAUUUUUUUUUUAUUUUCAUUUAUUGUAGAAUUGUAUUAUAAUUUGUAACUAUACGUGAAGGCCAUUGAAACUUGUUUUAACAUUUUUAAACAAUUUUUUAGUCAAAUGUAAACCUAAUAUCAUACCUCAUUUAGUAAUUAUAAAUAAGUAUAGACCUAUACUAUAAUUUAUAAUACAAAUAUUAUAAUAUGUUACUGAUGACUUUUUCCUCAAUUUUAUAUUUUGUAAUUUGUUAUAAUUUGUAUGUAAUUGUAUAUUAAAAUUUAGAGUAAUUACAUUCUACAAAUUGAUAAGGCAUAUAAUUUUUUUGGGUGGAAAAGGUGUUCACAGAAAAAGAUAAAAUAAAAUAAACACCAUUGUAAAAUCAAUACAUUCUUUGAAUCUAAGUCAGAAUGAGAAAUACAUAGAAUAAAUUAUCGUAUUUAUACAGGGACUAAAUUGACACGUUAAAACUGAAACAGAAAAAAAAAGUAAUUAAAAUAGUACCUAUCGUAAAAAUACGACUUAUUUUAAUAAUCGUAUUAAAGAAAGGUCAUGAAUCAUAAUAAUAUAAUUAUUUAGUAAUGUAAAAUAUUUAUAAAAUCAUAUAAACAUGUAAUAUUUAAUUAAAAUUAAUUACAAUAGUACCUACCUAUGAGGAAUUUUAUUUUCGUUAGUGAAAAAAAUAUACAAGAUAAUAAACUAUUUAAUUAAAAUAGUAAAAAUAGUAAAAAAAUGUACAAAACUAGUAGAACAAAAUUAAUGAGCGUUAGGGAAAUUUGUAAAAAGAAAAUAGUCGAAAUAAAUCAAGAGAUAUCGACUUUCCAUCAGGAAGUCAAAAAAAAUAGGAGUCGAAUUUGAAAAAAUUUUCGACUCCGCUACGAAAUCGACUCCCCCAGUAAAAAUCGUUGGGGAGUCGAAAUCAAGGCCCCAUCGGUUUAUAUUUUAGUAAUAUAAAUAUAGAGACAGUAUUUUGAUUUAGAUUAGGGAGCUUUAAACUUUAAAAUGAUAAAAAUGUACAUACUCGGAAAAAUGUCAUAAUACAAUUCCUUUAAAAAUCUAUUUUAAAAUACAAAAUACACGAAAAAAAUAAAUGUAAUAAAUGAAAACAUACUCACACUAUUAAAUUAAUCUCUUGAAAAAUCGUAUUGAAAUUCACUCAAUUCUAACAAGGGAACGCUAUAUUAAUCCACUAUAUAAACGUGGAAUAAUUUUUUCCCCCAUCAGUAAAAAAUUUGUCGACCAAUAAUAUAGCUUUGAUUUUAUUGUGUAGCAUAUUUUCUGAAAGCAAAUUAUAACUGAUUGGUGCAAUGGUGUUUUCGGUUUUUUUUUUGUAGUUUGCAGUGAAGGAAAAUAAUAAUAAGGCUAAUAAUUGGGAAAAAACUUAAGAAUACGGGAAGUUUACGGCAAUAACGAUGACCUGGGUCAGAGUGUUAGACCAAUCAGACCAAUCAAAAUCGUUCGAAACCUGCCAAAACAUGGCUUCACUGCAUAUAUGGUUGUUUGGUUCUCUCAUUAGAUUUUAAUCAUGGAAAAAACGUCGAGUCGUAUUUCGUUAGCGAUGGCUUACCUUUCCGAUUUCCCACAUAUUAUGAAAUAAAGGCACAUCUAUCAGUCGUAACAGUUUCUUUUUUGUUUUUUUUCAUAUUAAACAAUUUUAAUAUGAAUGUUCGAUAUCAAUUUUCUUGUUUUUACAUGUUUUAUUAUAUUUUUGAAUUUUUCUGAAUCUAGUUAUUGUCGAAGUCGUAAAUCUAUAAUAUAAUGUAAUAAAAUCAAUUUUUUUUUUACACCAUAAUACCUAUUUCAAAUAUAUAAGUAAUAUUAUUACAGAUAUCCUUUGGCUGUUUCUAUUGAUAACAUUUAAUUAUUUAUUAAUAUAUCUAAUGUAUAGUAAUGUGCAAUUUUUUCCAUAGGAUUUAUGUUACAUCAUAGUAUUUUUACAAAUUGCUCGUGUAUACUGUAUACAGUAUACACGAGCAAUUUGUAAUGGCUAAUACCUAUAAAUAUAUUAUAGUACCUAGGUACCUAUAUGUUUAUUGUAAAACAUCGCCACAGUAUUAUCUAUUAUUGAAUAAGAAUUAAAAUCUAUAGAAAUAAUGGAACGAAUGAUAAUAUACCUACUGUAGAUUAUGGAUUUAAAAAGUCAAUUGUCAUGUUCCAAUGUCUUACCUGCAAGUGUAGAUACAAUAAUCUCGCUGGUGGCGUUUCUAUUGGCAAUAAACAUGCAAUGUAAUUUUAUUAUUGCAUAUUAUGUUUUACGUUUAUAAGUUAUUAGGUAUGUACCUAAUAUGAAGUAAUAUAUUUUGUUUAUAUUAUAAUAACGAUGCACGAGUAUAUUAUUAUCAAAAUACAAUAUUAUAAAAGUCGUAAUUUUAUAGGUAUUUACAUUUUUUUCAAUUUUGUUAUAAUAUAUAGGUCGACGAUGCGCGAGGCUAACCCCGCUGACUUUCGUAAGCGAGAGAAAAAUAUGUAAACCGACCUACGUGUAUUAUGUAGAAUUACAAUAGGUAUAAGCACAAAACUCUGAAUAUUCAGUAUUUAUUAUUAUUUUGAAAAACUUUUAGGUAUACUAAAAUUGUGUAAAUGCGAUUUAAACUAACUUGUUUUUCUGUAUAUUUAAUGAUAGUUUCAUCAGUCGUGUGUAUACUAUGGCCUUCGCAAAUACACAUUCACACAAUCGUAAUAUAAAAUGUGAAACAGUAAUACAGUUGGCUACCUAGAUUUAAUAAACAUUUCGAUUUAAUCGAGGUAUUCAACUAUACACAUUAUACAAUAAUAUUAAUACAUAUAUAUAACUGUAUGAGUAAACAUAGUUGGGUAAUACAAUGACCACAUUGAAAUGAUGUAGUAUAAAUACCGUUAAGAAUGGUUUUUUUCUCAAAGUUAUCAACCAUUUUUUUAUUUUAUGUAAAACUAUUGUAGAUACUUACCAAUAAACUAAUAAUUAUUAUACUUGCUAUUAUUUUUUACUCGCAAGUUUAUUUAUAUUAUAAUACAAUAUAUAUAGUAUAACAGACGGUUGCAAACAAAAUAUAUUUGCAUCGUUAUCAAAUAAUAAAUGACGUAACUAUAGGAUGUAUAAUAUCGGGUGUCGACAUUACCCGGAUAUAAUUAAUAUUACCCUGACGGUGUUUAAUUUUUCAUUCGUGUAACAUUGAUAAGUAAUUACCUAAUAUCAUUUAAAUAAUAAUUGAAAACCGUAAUAAUUGAUAAACUCGUUAUAAAGAUUUAAACCUAUAAAUAUUAAUAUUAUCUGUUAAAAGUCUAAAAUAAUAGUUUAAAACUGGUAGUAUUGUAUUAUAUUAAUAGUAUGUAGAUUAAACGGUAAGUUAAUGACAUAAUAAUGUAAUGUUAUCAAAAUUACGUUUAAAAAUUAAUUUUAAAAUGUCUCGGUACUAUUAAGACAUAAGCAUAAUUUAGAUAAUAUAACUUUGUUUAGAACAGACCGUUUUUUCUACUAAAUAUAGGUUUGUAUUUAAAAUAGUUGAGUAUCAGGUUAAAACGGUUAGAUUAUAUUUAAGGUGAACAGUAGGUACCUUACUUACAAGCUUUUUUUAGAAUUUUCGUUUUAAUCAUUUCUAUAGUAACGAAAUAAUAGUUCUGUAGACUGUAAACUAUAUAUAGUUACAAGUUACAACAAUAGUUACACUACUUUUGACCGUUAAUGAUUAAAACGUUACCUAUACUGUUUGCAAAUUCGAAAUUGAAAAAUCUUAGAAAAUUAACUACUACAACACCUAUUAUUUUUCGGAUCAAUACUAUUUUAACGGUUAAUUUCUUCAAUUUGUUGACUGUAAACAUUUUUUCGCUGCACUCGAAUCUUUAUUAACACCAAAACUCUAACAUUCUAGUCAUUUUGAGCCUGAUUUGAGUUUUAUGCCUUAGUUUGUUUUUCAUGAGUGUAAGAUCAAAUUUUGACGAAAAUCGUAAAAAUUACAGCAUUUAAAAAUAUAUCUUACCGAAUUUCGCUCCGAAUCGUUUUUCGUUAGCAAUGGUUUAUCGUUUUGUACAGAUAGGUAUAAAUUAAAUAACUAUAUGUAUCCUACCUUUCCAACUUCCCACCCACAAAAUUAGCUGCACCCGUCAACAGUAUCAGUUAUUUUAGAUUCUGUGUGUAGCGAAGAAUGUAUUGGUUUUACAAAAAUGUUUAUUUUUUCAUUUUUUUUUUUACUGUGUACAUAAAUUCUAUCAGAAAUCUUGCUUCGAUUUUCAAGUGUAAUAUUUUUUUUUGAAAUGAAAUUUUCCUGGAGUUGUAUUUUUAAGUGGUCAUUUUUUAAUUUUCCCAGGGGUUUCCAUAAUAAAUGGGAAAAAAUGUAGGAAAAACAGGAAAAUUUACACAAAUAAUGCUUUUGUUAUUUUCAAUUUUGUUUUUUUUUUUUUUAUUAUUAUUGUAAUUCAGUGAAAUAUAUUCGUAGAGAUUUGAAAUUUUGAUAGAAACCUUAUAUUUGCCUUUUAUAGACGUGAUAUAAUUUUCAAAACAUUUGAACCAUUUUUAAGCGAGUUUUUACGAGUUUUUUUACUUUAUAUACUAAUGUGUAAUAUUUAUUCGGUAGGUACUCUGUGGAUAAAGCUAUAAGACCAAAUAAAAAUGCUUGACAGUUCAACAUGAGAUUCAUUAUAAGUUGUACUCAGUGGUCAACAAGAAAAAGUCGAGUUUAAUGUAAUAUAUAUUAUUUUUUUUAUGUGAAUUUUAAUAUCAAAUCUCGAUGAAAAUCGUAAAUAUUACAGCCUUUUAAAUUUGUAUAACCGAACUCUGCUGAGAAUCGUAAACCAAAGAUCAACCGUUGCGUACAGAUAAAAAUAAAAUGAAUCUACACAAUCUCUCUUUCAAUUUUAUGACUAAAACGUACGUUGGCAAUAUCAGUCUUUCGUUAGGUGUACAAAUUCAAUAAAGCAAUUGAAAUACGUUUUUGCAUUUAUUUUUCUAACGGCAGUUCUGCUUCAGCGGGUGCAAAUACAUAAUGUCUCUGGACCCGCCGAACACGAGCGCGUGGGGUGUACGAGCGCACCGCCGCGCACCAAGCACUUUCUUUAAUCACGCCACUGAACUGUACGCACAAAUAAUGUAUAAUAUGCAAAUUCAAAUAUAACAAACAACCGUGUAACGAUACAAUACGCUUAUUUUAGAUCACCAAAAGCGGCGUCCAAGAACUUGUUGUAAUAAUAAACACCGACGAAUUCUAAUGUUGUGCGUAUUUAUAACACGGGCGCCGUACAAUAAUAUGUGCGCGUAACGAUAUCAUACAUAUCCGGUGCACAUAAUAUUUAUGCGUAGCGUACACGGGCAUAUAAUAUUAUGACGACGUUUAACCCGUCCCUUUUAGGAUUAAACUCGAGAGAUACAAUACGCGUACACACAUACUGUACGAGUCGUACGCCCGUCUACCUAUUGUACAUAUACAUACGUGCAUUGUGCGUGUACAUCUGUAUCCGUAUUAUAUCAUAGUUUUCGUUUGUAUAAUAAGACCUACUUUUCCGUUAUUAUGCCAUGUCUACCGCCGCCGUCGCGUAUUACGAUUACUGUAAUAAUAUUAUCGUUUCGUUUAAACGGAGUGCACUGUGGCGGCUGCGAAACGGGAGAACCGCCCGAAAACCGCGUACACGUAUAACAUUAUGCGGCGGGUGGGUGGGUAGGUACCUACCUAAUAUUGUUGUUGGGGCGGACGGGAGAGAGCGACGAGAAACGGAUCAAAAUAAUUAUUAUGCGUUUCUCGCGGUUCUAGCCCGAGAAGAGUGUACGGCCCACCUUUUCCUUUAUCAUGUUUGCAAUAGAAUUCGAGACAGUACGAUCCGUUUUUGUUUAACAAAAUAUACGUAUUAAUACAUAUAUAUAUAUAUAUAUGAUAUGCACGGUCAGUAGCGUACACAGAGAGGGGGGGGGGCGUAGAGGGUCAUAACCCCCUCCGAAAUGUCUCCCUUCGAUACAUUUUUUCAAAUCAAAUUUCACAUUCAACAACAUAAUAUCGUAUGCCACAGAAUAAAAUAAAAUUGAAUUUCAUCGAAAUCAAUUUAUUCUGUAAUAAUAAUAGUCAUAGUACUGGACUGAUAAUAUUGUGUGCUAUCCUCUUUCUAGGAAAUUAUUAUAAACAAAACCCCACCCAAAAAAACAUUCUGUGUACGGUGACAAUAUUAUUAUUGUUAUACUGGUUGUGUGUCGGCCGUCAUACACGCGGUUUAUAACGACCGUUGGAAUGUUUAAAACGGCUAGUGUUGCAUCCGAAUGCUGCGAAUCUAUGCGGCGAAAACGUUUUACUUCACGCGAAUUUGAAUGAAAUCAAACGUUUCUUCCACCUGCAAAGUUAUUAUGCCGUAUUGUUAAUGUUAUUUAAAACGAUCGUUAUUACUAAGGCAGAGAACGCGUAGCUCUAAAAAAAGCACUAAAUAUGCAAGCACUUAUGCACUUAAAAAUCCUAUAAUGUACAGUAAAAAUAUGUUCUUAUAUUUUUCUUAAAGUAAUUUAUUUAAAAAUAUACACAUCGUUUUUUUACAAAAUUGUUAAUAAAAUUUAAUUUCUUGAAAAUUCUUCUUCUGGUUUUAAAAAAUAAAACUAAUCUAACCGGCGACCCUCGAGACGUGUUUCACGGAAAACCCAUAGUAUAUGAUUAUAAAACAACCAUAAUAUUAUAAUAUACAAUGAAAAUUUAAUAAUUUUAAAUUCAAAAAUAUUUUGGUUGUGUGCAAGAUGAAUUAAAAAUGUCAACGGAAAAAAUAUUGGUAAGAUGACGAAUUAUUUAAAAUAUGCUUCUAAAAGUAUAAAAUGGAAUGAAUAUGUCCAAAAAUAAAAAAAAAAAACUCGAAAUAUACACACCUAUGCAAAAUAAAAUUUUAAAACUAGCUAUGUGAAAGCAUGAAACGUCAUUGAAAAUAUUCUCUUCUUUGUAUGUUGUUAGAUAUUUGUAUUUAAACUUCGAAUACAAUCUUAACGCCACAAUUUGUGAUUCAAAUAUUAUUUAUAGACAGACAUACGGAUCUGGCCUUUUAUUAUUAUUACAUAUGGAAAUAGAUACCUAUCGGAAAUGGUCUGAUUUUUUUAAAAAUUUGUUUUGUUUAAUUUUCCCCGAAAAUGGAAACUAUUGUGUCGGUUAUAAUAUAUACUUAUCUAGUAUAUAUAAUAGGUAUAUAUAUUUAGACAGCUACUUAUAAACAUUUCUAACGCCACACUUUUGGCCACAUGUGCUUAAACUCGGGAAUUAGAGUUGUUUAAUAAGCGGAUUGAAGUGAUAACAUUUGGAUUGAAUUUUGAUAUUGAAUUAGAAUUUCACCAUAUUUUUAUGAAAAUAGUUUUUACUUUUGCUCAUCCCUACAGACUUUCCAAAUAAAAUUAAGAGGAGAUGAAAUUGUGUAUAUCCAUAGCGUUAGUAGUAAGAAUAAGCCUUUUGGGGGUUUAAACUUUCAAUCCCAGUCCCUAUUAUUUUCAUGAUCAAUUUGUAGAAUUUUUUUUGUAAGUAGUUUAAUUUAUUGUAAUAUUAAUAGUGUUAUGUUGUAUUAUAUUAUUACAGUGACGGAGCUUUCGAGUGUUUUUUUUCAAUUGAGUUAAUGACGAUAAUUUUGAAAAAUUAUUACAAAUCUUCGUAUUAUUUUUCGUUGUUCUACUUAAUUAUGUAGAUAUUAAUUUUAUUAUAUCGCCAUCAAAAGGCGAAAGGAGUACCGGUCGUUUCUGUAUCCUCAACAUUAUUACUGAUAGUCGACAUUAGUUACAUAUACGAGUUUUGUAAAGGGAACUGCCAUUGAAAAGCGAAUAAACACAGAUCAUUAAUUUUAUCUAUCUAUAAUAAUUAAUAACGAUUAGUCUUAUAAUUUGUUCGUUUUAAUGUUUAUGCUAAUUAUUUUAUUUCCUAUACUAUAUAUUUUAAUAAUAUAAUGCGAUCCUAAAAGAUCAGCAAGAAUUAUGAUUUGAUGUUUAGUGUGACCAAAGUUAUAGGUACAUUGUGUAUGUAUGUAUAUCUUUUUAGACAUAAUUAUUUGUAGGCUCGAUUGAAAAACAAUUUCGCAGUUGUGCAUGACAUUAUUUUUGCUAAAUCUUAAAAAUAUACAUUGAUUCGAAACAUUUAUUUAAAAGCCCCGGAAAAAAGUACUCAAACAUUGUUUUAAGCAAGGUAUAUGUAAGAACAGUAUAGGUACUAUAACGAUAAAUGAGUGGGACCCCUCAGAUUCAUCGUCCUGUCACAAUAAAUUCUUAGUUGAUUACUCUGUUAAUGCACAGAAACAUCAAUUUAUUUAAUUAUUAUUAGAUAAGAUAUUGUAUAGUAUAUUAUUAAACGUAUAUUUUAUUUUAAAUAAAUACAGCGAUUGGAAAUUAUAUAAUACAUAAUAAUAUAGAGAAUAAAGUAAAACACGGAAUUUUAGUUUAAAUAAAAAAAAAAGAAAAGAAAAAAAGAGGAAAAUGUGUAAUUCUUACUGUAAAAUUUCAGUAUAGAAUAAUGUUAACGAAAUAUUUUGUUGUAAUCCAACAUUGUAUAAUUGUUACUAAACACCUACUCACAAAAUAAUAUACCUAUUAGAAUUAUAUGCCGAUGGUGCGUCUUGGUUGGCGAUGAGUGGGAAACGCGUCUCGCGAUAAUAAUAUACAUUCAGAGGUCAAAAUUCAACGGGGUUUAGAUUAAAAUUGUUUCUAACAUUAUUAGUGUAAUCCUAUGUUUUGUUUUAGUAUAUUCAAUUGUAAUAAACCGACAUCAUCGUUUACAUACCCAUCAGUAGCUUGCUGACACUGUACUUAUAUGUCGAAUCAGAAGUAAAAACCACAUAAUUUACACGUUGAUGCAUCAAUAAUUUUUCAGCAUAAUAUUGAUUACGGACAACUGCAUAUAGUUUAAUAUAAACAAGGUAAAAUUGCAUUGAAAUAAAUAACAUCUAUACAAUUAUUAUAAUGAAUUAAUUACUGUUGUUGGUAUAAUUUCUAAAUGUUCAAACGCUUGUUUUAUUUUUGUCAUUAUUAUCUAUAACUAUACAAGACAUUUUUAACACCAUUAUUAGUUCCUUAGCUAUGUACAAUACUAGAUUUUUUUUUUAAAAUUUAAUUUACAAUAUGUAGGUUUAACUAUCGGGUUCGUUUCACUGUUGUAAAAGUUUUAUACUUUAUUUAAAUUUAUUCGUGCAAUGAUUUCGUAAAAAAAAAAGUAAUAAUAAUAGCGUGCAACUUUUAUUAAAUAAAAAUCAAAAGGAAAAAGCGUUGAUUAUGUUGAAACUUUUAGAGUUUAUUAUACAAUUCAUGCGUGCCAUUUUUUUUGCUUAUAUCUAUGUUAAGAAUUGAUAAUAUAUAACGUAUUUUUUUUUCAAUUAACACAAACUUAAAAAAAAGUAAUUAUAAUAAAAAGUUAUACUAACGAAAGUAUACAAACGUACUACUAGAGGGUAAAUAAAUUAUAUAUACCCAGUAUUUGUAUAUAUUAUUUAUGUACACAAUAUUCGAUUAAUUGAAGAAUACGUUAUUUAAAUACUAAUUAUUAUUACUUUUCAAAAUACAUUUUUGUUCAAUUUUGUUCAUAAAAAUCCCAUGGUACCUAAAUAUUUACAGUAGAUAAAUUAAAUCAAAUAUGAUAAAUUUAUUUAUUCAUGAUUCACAAAUUCAUGAUUUAUCAUGAAUUCGGUUAGGAAUAUUCUAUGCAUUUACUUUAUCCUACAAUACAUUUUCUUCUUUUUUUUUGUAUGUAUAAAUAUACUAAAUCGAUAGAUAAGAUAUAGGUACUAUAAUCAAUCUAAUACAUUAAGUCUAAUACAUUUCACCUGUGCAAUGUUAUAAUGUUUUAAAUAUAUUGAAUAUUUGAAUAUAUUAUUAUGUAAGUUCACAGAUAAUAAUAAUUUUCAUUGAUAAUUUGAUAUAGGUAUAGGUACUAUUUUAUUAAAAAGAUAAAAAGAUAUGUAAAUAGGUAUAGGCAUUGAUUAGUAUAAUAUAUAGAUAAUUAGUAUAUAUUUAUUUUUGGAGAUGUUUUCACCUAUACAUCUGUCUCUGUAUGUACACUGUACAGUCUACAUUUAAUACGUAUAUUACAAAAAUAACUAGGUACCUAGUGUUCUUUUAUUUAUAUUUGAAUCAUUUAAAAUAGUGAAAUAUAUUUACUAUUCAUUUAGUAGUAAAGAAUAAAGACAAUACGAAUAACAUAUACAUAACAUAAUAUACUAACUCGUAAAUGUAAACACACAACAAAAAAAUAUGUAUAAACAAAUGAUUUAACCGAUUUUAACACAAACAAUAAUAAUUUAUUAAAAAAUAAUAUACUUUUUCUGUAAGAAGGUAUUAGGUAAAUCAUUUGUUAUAAAAAUAUGACACUUAAAUAAUAUUUUUAGUUAUAAACUAAUAAAUAAAUAAUGAUGGAUAUUGAUAAAUAGUUUAACUAAUAGUACAUUUAAUUUUUUGUAACAUUCAAAAUACAAGGUUAUUCUCGUAUAUAAUUGAUUUUGUAUUUUAUAACUUAUUGAUAUAUAAAGGCCCUCAUUAUAAAAAUACCUAGGUGGCUAGGUAUGUUUUAACUUCUAUUGUAUAUAAUAUUAUCAUUAGAUAAAUAACUAUUAUAAUUAUAUAUUUUUAAGGUAUGUAUUUUAUUAAAAUAUAAUUACCUACCGAGUGAAAAAUGUAAUAUUUGCUCUUAAUUUAAGAAUUAAUGAAAUAAUAAAAGAAAAAAUUAUCAUUAUGAUUGUCUAUCUGUUUACUAGUAAAAACUAGCAGACAGUGGCACAUUUGAGAUUUAUUUUUUAGGGGGGGGUUUAUGCAUUUUAAAAAAAGUUGUGACUGUUCACGGGCCACUAUUGCUAGUGGAUAGUUGGAAAGGAAUAGGAUAAAAAGGUUAAUUGAGUUUAUAUACUGUAUGUAACGAUAAAUAUUAGCAAAUGUAAAAACGAUUUUCAUUGGAAUAUUAAUGUAGUAUUAAUUGUAGUUUUGCAGUUUUUCCCUUUUUGCUAAGGUAAACCAGAAAUCAAAUAAUAAAACAAUUCUACAGGGGGUGAAUUGCUGAAAAUAUAGACAAAUGUUUCAAAUAAAGUACUACAAUUUUUUUGAAAAAAUAUCUAUUGGAAAUUUCGAAGCAAUUUUAAAUUAAAAUGUCAAAAACUUGACUUUCGGGGGGGGGGAUUAUAAUUCCCAAUAACCUCCGUUUACACUAUUGGUAAUAAUAGUAAUAAAUUAUUAUUGUUACACAAUAUAUUAUGUUAUUACUUAUUACUAUUAGCAUACUGUAUUAAAAUUUAUAAAAGAUCUGUAUGAAUUAAUAUUUUUAGAUUUAACAAGAGUUUUAUCUUAGGUACCUAUUAAGAUUUUAUACGAUAUAAAAAAUAGGUAUAUAAAUAAAAUUGGUGUUUAAAUUUGUAUGUUUUUAAAAAUAAUUUUAGCAGAAAUUGUCUAAAAGUUCCUUAUUCACAAUAUUCUCAUUUUAUCGAUUUUAAUAAAUAGACUCAGAUCCCAGAUGGUUAAAAAUACAGUUUGAUUACCCUUUUAUUAGUAGUUUUAAAAGAAUUCACACUACUAUGGAAAAACCAUAAACCAAAUAUAAAUGCUACCUUAUAUAUGGUAAUGUAGGAAAUAUUAUAAAAACAUUACAAUUUUAACUUCUAAGUUUGACUUAGAAGACUUCAAAGUUUGAGGGUUGAUCCCAAUAACUUAUAAGUUUAGUUAAGUUCAUAUAAGUUUUUUACGUAUCAGAUUAUCUUGUAAUUUUGUACAAACAUAUUUAUUUUUGAAUAUUAGUUUUUUAAUAGUAAAAAUAUAAUUUUUUGUUAUAGUAUAAUAAAUAUAUAUUAUGCAAACUGAAACAAAUAUAGUAUAACAAUGAGUAAAAAGAUAAAAGAAUAUCAAAUAAACAAUUGAGUGAUACCACAAAGCUAUAUUGAGACUACGACAAAGAAAAUUAAAUUCGUUUUGUAAAUAUUAUUUAAUCAAUAUUUACGGUAUCGCGGUAGAUGCCCAACCGUGUUCCUAUAGUUCUAAGACUAUAGAUGAAAAAUAUUGUCCUGAGAUUUAUCAACUUAAAUUAAUAUAGAUAAAUUAAAAAAAACUUUAUUUAUACACAAUAUAAUAUUUUAAAUAAUUAUUUCAUAAUAUAACGGUUAAUUUCAUAUUAUAAUUUGUAUAAUUUCUAAUAUUUUGAUUAUUGUAUAUGACUAUUGAUUAUUGUUACCUAAACGUGCUAUUUUUAGAGAUCGCAAUCCUCAUAGGUAUUAUAAAUGAAUACAUAUUAUUUAAUAUUUAAAUACCAACAAUAAAUCAUCUGAAAUUCACAUUGUUGACAUGUUAACGUUUUUAAUGAGUUAAAUAAUUUUGAUUAUUCUGCAAUACACAAUUUAAUAUUUUUAUAAUUGUUCAAGAGACCUCGUGGAAUUUAACUCUUGGGGCGUUUUCGAACUUCAAACUGUACACGCAAAUGUAUUAUAACUUAGGUAAUAAGUCCAAGAAAAACAAUAAAUACUAUUUGUAAUUUUGAUUUCAUCACUUAGACAAUAGUUUAUAUGAUAUUCAUUUAAUAUUAAUUAUACAUUUAUGUAUAUUGCAUAAUAAUACUAAAAACAAUAAUUCAAAUCAUAUUCAAUUACCUAAUUAAAGUCCGCGGAGUAAAUGAAUUCUGUAAAUAUCAUAUUUUUAUUAAUCCAACAUAACUUACAUUUUAGUGAAAUUAACAAUAAAUAGUUAAAAGUUAUUUACAACCAUAAUAAAUUUGGUUAGUUUUGUAAUAUGCUAUACCUUACAAUAUUAUCAAUAUUAUUUGAUGAUACUUAUGCAAAUUACCUAUAAAAUAUAUUUUACAGAAGUGUACGAAUAUACUUGAAUAAUAUCGAAUAAAAAAUAUUGAUUACACCAAUUUAUACUAUUCAAAAAAAAAAUAAUUAACGGACAAUGAAUUAGAUUUGGUCGUUGUUUUUAUAUUUGAAACCUUAAUAAUAUUAUUAGACGUAAUCAUGAUUAAUUUUUAAAAAAUUUUUAUAACAAAAUAUUCUUAAGUAUUUUGAUGUUUAGACAACCGUAAAUUGAAUCAUUUUUCAAGAAAAUCGAUUUAAAUGCGUUAUUGUUCAAAAUUUAAGUUAAAGGUUAAGACGUUAAUUUGUUAUCAAUAAAAUCUUAAAAAUAAUAAAAUAUGUAAGAUGUAUCUCUUUAAUAUUUUAUUAUACCGUAGGUAUGUAUAAUGCGUGUAAUAUAUCUAUCUAUCUACAUAAUGUUUCACUUUGUUUUGUUUAUGUAUUAUAAUCAUUAUUUUGACCGAUUUGGAUAAUAUUGUACAAAAAAAUAAGUUUUUCAUUAGGUAUUUUAGUUUCUGAGUGGAGCGAAAAAUGUAUUGAUUUUACAAUGAUGUUUAUUUUUAUUUCCUUUGAAAAACUUUUUUUGCCAGAAAUUUUGCUCCGGUUUUGAAGUAUAAUCACUUUUCUGAAAAGAAAUUUUACUAGAAUGAUUUUUUUUUUAUUUUCCUAGGGAUUUUCAUAAUAAAUGGAAAAAACGUAGGAAAAACGGAGAAAAUUACGAAGUAUAUUAUUUUAAAAUCGUUAAUAUUACGGCCUUUUAAAACAAGUACAACCGAAAUCCGCUCAGAAUCGUUUUUCGUUAGCAAAGAUUAAUUGUUGCGUACAGAUAUACAUUAAAUUCCCCUAUACCUUUUCUCUACCUAUCUUACCGUCCCAACUUCUCACCUAAAACAAUGUUCUGCCCAUCGUGCUAAGUAUGUCCGUAUCUUUUUUAUAGUUGUUUUGUAUAAUGUACUUAUUGUAUACUUCGAUGUACGGUUUUUAUGACGAUUAUAUUGCAUUAUUAAACUGCGAAUAACAAGUGUGCAAUACAGCUAUAUAGUUAAAUCCAAUGUAUUCUACGCCAUUUUAUUGUUUAUUAUUUUUUAUUUAUAUAUUAUCACCUACAUAAUAUCGGACAAUAAAAAUAAAGUUUCAAUAAUAAUUUACGACAUUAUAUUAAUUGUACAUACUUUCUUAAAAGUAAUUAUGUUGUAAAUUAAUUUUUACAGAUUUUAACCUUUUUUUAUCGUCAGAUACUUUGUAUAGCACUUUGGGCUGAAGGACUGAUACUUGUUUUGUAAAUAUUUUUUAGUAUUAUUAUUAUAAUAUUUUUUAAAAUUUUUUUCUAUUAUGAUUUACUUAAAUAUAAAGCAUCGAAUGAAAAAACAAUUGCUUGAACAAAAAAAUCUGCUUCAUUUACGUGGAUAUUAUAAUAGUUAACGUUAAUUAUUUAUAUAAAUUAAAUAUUAUAACUUUAUAUAACUAUAUAUAUUGUACCCCCUAAUUCACUUAAUUCACCGUUAUCGUAUAAAUUAUUUAUACCUACCAUACGAUUAUCUUGGCAUUCUCUUUUAUGUUAAUCAGAGAUAGAAAAUUAUGACUCCCGUGUGCAUUUGUCAUGAUACAUAUUUUGAUACUAUUAAUAAGAGUAUAUUAUUGAUAAUAACAUAUCAAUAAUAACAAUAAUUUAUUCUUACUAUUGAUAUAUUUAACAAUAAAUUAUAAGUAAGUUUAUAUUACUUUGAACUUUAAAUUACGUACAUAGUGGUUUAAUUACCUGACUAAAUUUACAAUUUACGUAUAUCUACUUAAAUUUAAGUCAUUUUUUUCCAAACGUUAAAAAACUUUAAAAUACAGAAUAUUAAACAAAAACCAUUUUAUUCGAUAUAGUGCAUUUUAUAAUUUUAAUAAAACGUUUGAUUUAGUUAGUAUUUUUAUAUUUGAAACACUCUGUAUGCUCGUAAACUGUUAAACGAAAUCAAACGUUUUUUGUGUCCUUAUAAUAGACCCAUUAUGGUGAUAAGUAUUUCUUUGUCCGUAUACCCAGGUCAUUUCAAAGGAACCCAAACUUUUUUAUCGUACGUACAGCAGCUGGCACUAAUGAAUAUUUUGUAGACUACUAGGUGGGGGACCUGAUAUAGAACCACGACUCGUGUUAGUAUACAAAUCCAUGUUCUGUAUACAUGUAGUUUAUAAAUACGCAAACUAUACAAAUAUUCGACUUUUUAACACUUUGUAAAAUAAUUAAAUAGUUUUAAAUGUUUUAAAAGCUGAUUCAGUGAUUUAACGGAUUUAAAGUUUUCGUAUUCAUUGUGUAUUUUAGUAAAACUAUGGUAUACGUCCUAUUUGUGUUAUAGCUACGAGUCUAUGGAGUCGACAAAUUUUUCAAACAAAGAAUGUCAGCCACAAGGGUUGUUCAUCAAAGACAGGCAACAAGAUCAAGUCGAGCUAAGAUUUAACAACCUGUACUAUACUGUUUCACUUGGAUUUGGAAAAGGUGAGUCAUAUUAUAACAUCAUUUUUUCAUUUCACGUAUGUAUUUAUGUAAGUAUAAUUAUUGAAAUUGUCAUUUCGUAUUAUACAGAACAAAUUUAUGGAUAAAUUUGAAAUAUAAUUUUUCUGUAUAUAAGUACUUAAAAUAUACUUCUAUUUUAGUACUUCAGUUCGACUUUUUUUAAAUUGUAUUAAUUUUAGAUUUUGAAAAGAGCGAGGAUAUUUUGAUUUUUUUCUUUUUGGGGCUAGUAAAACCUGUUUUUUUUUUGUUCAAAAACACGCUUUAUAGGGAAAAACUUCGUACCUAUAUGUCUGGUAAAGUAAUCCUAUUUUUUUGCGGAUAAGAAUUCUUUUGCCCAUUGAAUUAAAUUUAAAAACAAUUUUAAAAAAAUUGUUCUGAAAUUAAAUUAAGGAUGUUACUAACAUGAUUUUAAAAUACCCAAAUUAUUAUUAGAAACUAACCGAAUUUUCCGAUAAGAUCGUUGAUAAUAAGCGAAUAUAACUUUUUUGAUGUGUUUUGAAAAUCAAAGUUAAAUAAUUAAAUUAGCAAAAUGGCUUUAUAAGUCAUAUAUGCCAGCGUAGUAUGCCAAUGUUUAUAUAUCUGAACCUUGGAUAUGACUAAUUUUUACCGGUUUAUUUUAUUUUUUGGUUACAUUACCGAAUAGAAGUUUUCCUUAUACCAACAAAAAACAAUCGGAUAAUUUUAUAGACUAAAUCAUGUUAGACUUUGAGAAUAUUAAUUGUAAAUUUUAACAACUUGUAAAAAUCCGUUAACUAUUUAUUUUACGUAUCUACCUAUUGAGAUUACUGUUAGAGAGAAUGUUUCGUGUAGUCCAGCAUAUACCUUUGAACCAUUUUGGUAAAAUUUCGGUGGAUAAUAUUGUGUGGGUUGUGUAAUUUGUUUGUUUCAUUUUGCAUUUAUAUUCGUUAAAAAUAACCUUUAUAUUUAAUUUUAAACAUAUUUUAAUGAGAAUUAUUUUUACCAAGAAAUACAUUUUAACAAAUUAUGUUUAUUAUAAUAAUUUUUAACACUAAAUUACAUAAAAGUUUGAAUUUAUAAUUUUUUGACACUAAUUAAAAAAAAAAAAAUAAUAAUAAUCUUCUAAUUAUAGUUUAGAACUAUUAUUUAAUAGUGAAAUCUAUGGUUUAAUUCGUAGUGUAUACGUUUUUUAGACUUUUAUCGCUAAAAAUCUCUUUAAUUAAUCAAGAUUUUAGUUUAUUUUAAAAAUAAUUGUUACAACUCUAUGUCAAAUUAGUUUUUAAAAAGGAUGUGAUGAUAGAAUCAUGGAAACCUGUGAGAGUAUUUUUCUUAUUGCUAUAUACUAUAUGCUAUUAUUUAUACGUCACAACCUCGAGUCCUUGACAACAGGAUUAGGAUUAUUAUAGCUAAGUAAUCACUCUAUAAUAAUCCCCUAAACUAAAAAUGUUUCUUUUAAUAAUGAUAUUUAUAAUGUAUUAUUAUAGUUAUAUGAAUUGAAUAUAUAUACUAUAUAGUUAUAUAUUACUAUAGGAUAGGUUAUAGCCGUUAUAGAUAUACUUAUAACUUUAAUGUUGAAUUUCUACUGGAAACUCUCCAAAAACUUAUUAUCAAUAAGUACUUAUAAUUGUAUUCGUUUUUUUGAAAUAUUAAUUAUUUUAUACAUGUAUUAUGUAGGCACAAAAAUACAUUUAUCAUGUUACAUUACAAUGUAUCGAAUUACAAAACUUACACCUAUUCAAUUGAAUGACCCUGAAUUUCAUUCAGGUUAUGUUUGUUGGACCUAUCUAAGUAUGAUUACAAUUAAUUUAAAUGUUAACCCUUUUUUAUGUGUAUUUUAAACAAAAUUAAAUGUUUUUAAUUAAACUAGAAUUCGUUUCUAUAUUCAACUUUAAUAGACUAUACAAUUUAUUUGACUUAGGUACGGGUUUCUUAUUUUAUCUAACAUUACUCGGUAAUUUAUAAUUUUAAAUUCAAAACCUAAGAUAAUUUUAUUAAAGUUCAUUAAGGAGAUCAUUCUUUGAUUUUCGGAGGGAUUUUAAUUAUAAUAAUCCAAAAAACGCCAAAUAUUUACAGCAUGCCGUGGCGUUACUGAUUUCAUUAUUUUUAAUUUUUAUGCCAAAUGGAUUUUUUGUUGAAUUUUGGAUCUAGUUGAGUUGUUCAUGAAGAAAGUCGUUUUUUGAUUUCCCAAGUAAUUUUCAUAAUAGUUGUGAAAACCAGAAAAAAAAAAGAACAAAUUUAUGGUGUACAAUUUCAUUAUUUUAAAUUUGUACGCAUGAUGUUUUCUACCAGCAAUAUUGCUCCAAUACAACAACAUGGGAUAUUUUUUGUUGAGUUUUUAAUUUAAUUGACAAGUAAGAAAGUCGUUUUUUGAUUUCCCUAAAUUUUUUUUUAAUUGAGCAAUUCUUCUCAAUUAAUCAGUAUCAAAAUCGACAAUUUACGGAAGUAAUGUUUUCAUUAUUUUUCAAUUUAAUUUUUGUUUUGUGAUUCAGUUUAAAAUAUACGAAGACUUGACAUUUUGAUUUAAAACAUUUAUUUGCCUUUCCUAGACGGGUUAAUAUUUUAAAAACAUUUGAGGCAUUUUUGAGCUAUUUAUAAACAUUUUAAUUUUGCGAGUUUUUUACGUAAUUUCUAUUUAGUAAGUACUCUGUGGAUAAAAUUGUUAGACUAAACAAAAACGCUUUAAAAAUGAAAAGGGAGAUCAUAAUAAGUCGUACUAAUGAUAAAAAAAAUUGAAUGUAAUGUAGUUUUUUUUUGUAUGAGUUUUAAUAUUAAAUUUUAACGAAUACUGUAUAUAUUUUAUAAUUUUUUUAAAUUAAUAUAUUGUCUAGUUAUAAGUUUGCGUUUUUUUUUCACGCACAAACUGUUGGGUUAUUGAUUUAUUAAUUAUUAGUUAUUAGUUGGUUUUAGAUAGAUUGGUCGAACAGAAGUAUUUAAUAAGUAAACACAAGUUUUACUAAAUUUGUAUUUAGUUGUAAAAAAAAAGUUUAACUAAUGUAGUAAUUUUUUAUAUACAUUUUAAGUUACGAAAAUCUUAAAAAUUAGGCUAUUUCAAAACAUACCAUCGCUUUUAAUCGUAUUUCUUUACCAUUGAUUUAUUUUUGCGUAUACAGAUAUAAAUGAAAAAAUUCCAUGUUUACAACCGUCCUAACUUCCCACCUAUAUAAAUGACACAACCAUCAAUCAGCAGUAUCAAUUCUUUUUAUUUAUACAUUUGUUAAUGACUGUAAAAUAUUGAGUACCAAUUGGUUUUUUGUAAUGCUCAUAAAUUGUAUUUUAUAAAUAGAAUUUAAAUUUUUUAGUUAUUAGGUACUUAAGAUUAGUCGCUUAAUAUUUUUCGAACUAAAAAAUAAAAUAUCAAUAUAGAACUAAUAGCUUCCUUGUUCUUCUUAUAAUCUAAAAUUGUGUAAGUAUUUAUUUGGUUUUUACAAAAAAUAAAUAAAAUACAGUAGCAUCAUAAUAUUAAGUUGUUAAAUUAUCAUAUAUACAUUGCCUAUCAUUUUAUUAUAACUUCUAAAUAUUGGUGUUCUUAUUACAGUAAAACCUCUCUAUAACAGAAUCGUUUGGGACCAAACAUUUUUCCGUUAUACAGAGUUUUCCGUCAUAGAGAGGUAGAAAAAAAAAUUAAGUUUCAAGACUGUAUGUAUGUAUGUAUGUAUGUGUUAAAAAAUUAUAUUUUAAGGAAAUAUGUACUUCAUACAACGUGCAUUUAUAUAGUAAGAUUAUAAUGAAUGACUUAAUAUUUAAAUGUGUUUGUGUAUAAUACUAAAGAACUAAAACUAAGAACUAAAAAAAAAACAUUUUACAUAAAUAGUAACAAAUUUGUACCUUUUUUAUAAUUUAGAAAAAUAGUUUUUAAUAUUAGAUUGCCUUUUGUGAUUAAGAGCAGCACGUUCAGCACAUUCUCGGGUUUUAGUUGUAAGUUCUAAUAGAUUUGAAUUUGAAUCGUGGCGGAAAAUUUUUGUAAUUCUUCUAAAUAUGAGAUUGCGGUUUUAAAAUCUUUUAUUUUUGGCUCAUCGUUGGUCUCACCGUCAUCAUCAUCAUUAUUUUCUUCUUCUUUUUCCUCUUCUUCUAAAAAAGACGCCGAAUCGUAAGUUUGAUGCGUUUCUAAUUUAUUGUCAAAUGUAAUGAAAUCUUCUAUAUCAACAUCGGCUGUAACGCACUCCUCAUUGAUUUCUUUCAAAGUAUUUUCUGGUAAAUCUAUAUUGGUUCCUUCAUUUGAAAGAAACCCGGCUUUACGAAAACAAUUUUUCACACAUUUAGGUUUUACAUUAUCGCAAGCCAACGCUAUCCAGUUGACUGCAUCCAAGACACUUAUUGAUUUAGCGAACUGAUGGGCUAAAGAACAAUUAUCCAUCAUGCAUAAUAAUGAUUGUAGCAAAAACUUACGAUAGUAAGACUUGAACGUGUAAAUCACUCCUUGAUUCAUUGGUUGGUCAAUCACCAUUGAUGUGGUAUUGGGGGGCAGCAUUAGUAUUUUCAUAUUAUAUAGUUCGAUCUUUGGGUGACAUGCAGCAUUAUCUAAGAAUAUCAAGAUAUUUCCAUUCUGAGAUCGCAUAUUUGCGUUAAAAUAACGCAACCAUUGCUCUAUUAUCUCUGUGGUCAUCCAGGCUUUUUUAUUAAAUUUCCAUAUGACAGGUAAUGAAGAAAUGUCUAUGCUCUUAAAACACCGAGGUUUUUUAGACUUUCCAAUUACUAAUGGUUUUCUAAUUUCUCCAGCUAUACUACCACACAUGAUCACUGUUAAGCGAUCCUUUGCUUUUUUUCCUCCAGAACAUGAUUCACUCUUCAGGACUAGUGAAUCGGUAGGAAUACCUUUAAAAAAAAGACCUGUUUCAUCAGUAUUGUACACGUCUUUUGCUUCAUAUCCAGCAAUAUGUCUCGAGAUUUUUCACUUCCACUUCUCCACUGUUUCUUGAUUAACGUCAUUUGACUCACCACUGACUUGUUUUCAAACAAUAUCAUGCCUUUUUUUAAAUUUUUCCAACCAAUUAUUCGAAGCCUUGAAAUCUUUGACAUUCAUUUUUUCUGCCGUUUUCAUAGCUUCUGUUUGUAAAAUUAGACCGGAAAUUAGUAAAUUUUUUGACUGAACGCUGAUAAACCACUCAUACAACUUUUGGUCAAUUUAUUCAAAUGAAGUUUUCAAUCUUUUACACUUUCCCAAGUUUUUGCUAUUUACCCAUUCAUCCAUAAUCUUUCAAUAUUCAACAGAAAAAAGACGACUGUGCUGUUCAUAUAUACAAAAUUACGUACAUAGGUUAUCUAAUCUUUUCUACACGUUCAUUAGAAGGUAUGUAAUAAACAAACCAAUAUAACAAUCGUAAAGCGAUACUGUCAAAUGAUUUUCCAUGAAAGCCUGUAAUUUUUCUUUAAAUAAUUUUAUUUUCCGUUUAACAGAGAGUGUUUUUACUAAUUUGAUUACGAAAACUGUCCGUUUCCGUUUAAUAGAGGUUCCGUCUUAGAGAGGUCAAUUUUAUAUAUUUGCACUGGGACUAUCGACAUUUUCCGUUAUAAGGAGUAUUCCGUUUAAUAGAGGGUCCGUUAUAGAGAGGUUUUACUGUAUUUAGAACGUAAUUCAUAAACGAUAUUAUAACCUAACCUGUAUACAAUAGUGGCACAAUUAUAAUUUAAAGUGUAUAUUAUAAUAUACGAGUAUAGAUUUUAAUGAUUUUAUAUUAUAUUAAAUUAUUAAAACUAUUAUUUUAUAUAAUUUUUUAUACUUUAUUUAGUUUGUAUAUUCUGUAUUUUAUUUACUUACAAUCUACUACAGUACUACCUUUACAUAAAUAUCUAAAAAAUAAAACAAGUUGCAUUUUCCAACAAACUGAUUAAAAUUCAAUUUCAUUUUCUCAGUAAUCAUAAUUUACAAUUGAGUAAAUAUGAUAAAAGAAGCACCUUUUUCUUUGAAAUAAAAUGUGAUUUAUAAUAUAAUAUUUUUAAUAGCACUGUUAAAAUAUUAUAUAGGUAGAUAGCGAAAAAUACAAAUUGAAAACAUUUAAAUUAAAAAUACACUGUGGGUCUAAUGAAAGAAAGUUAAACUUUAAAAUUAGGAAUAUAAUACAGGGGUUUUUUUCAAUAAAAAAAGUUUUUAAGAGAAAACAAGAUACAAAAAGUAAAUGAGGUUUUAUUAGAAAAUUAUUUAAAAUAUUAAUGGUUUUUGAAUACAUUCUUAAGCAGAUGAAAGAAAAUAUUAAAUCGAAAUGAAUGGCUUUUGUUAUUAUUAUUAUAAUUUUUUUUUUAGGAUGGAUUUUUUAAAUUUUAAAUGUCUUAAAAUUAUUUAAAAAAAUUCAAAUGAAUAUUUCUUUUAAUACCUUCCUUCUAAUCAAACCCAUCAUCACUUGAGGAGGUUGUUACAGUGUAUUCGUGUAUGCAUUUUUUUGACAUUAAAUACAAAAUUAUUAAUAAUGUCAUUUGGAAAUAAUACAAAUGGCAUUAAAAACUAGUAAACAUGAUUCAUUUUCAGUAUAUAUUCGCAAAAAAAUGAAAAAUUAGUAUGAUUAUAAGUGUUAUAACUCAUAAUUAAACAUUUAUUAUAAUUACUUAAAUUUGAUAGAAUUACCUAUAGGUAUAGGCUAUAUUUUAAAUUUAAAUUUAUUUUAUACAGUAUUUAAUGAUAUUUAUACAUAACCUCGGUUAGUUUAAACAUCGUGAUUUCAUUAAUAAUAGAGAUUUCCUAUUUCUUUGUUUUUGUUCAGGUAUAAAUUGGAUAGUUGUAUUCGUAAAUUUGGUAUUGUGCUGGAAAUUUUAAAACUUUUUAUCUUAUAAUUAUUUCAAAAUAAAAGAAUAGGUCCUUUAAGGAAUAAUUUAUCCGUAGUUUUGUACCAUUUUGUAUCAUUUAUAGGUACUAAAAAUGUACUCAAGGAUAUUAGCGGUAUUUUUGCACCAAAUCAAUUGGUUGCCAUUAUGGGUCCGUCGGGAGCAGGGAAAUCUUCGCUUUUGGACGUUUUAUCCGGAUACAAGUGUGUAAUUUAAAAAUGAAUAUUUUAAUAAUCCACUGUGUAAAAGUCAUGCUUAAAAAUUAUUUGUCUAUUUAAGUUUAACGGGUGUCCGAGGUAAUGUUACUGUAAAUGGCGCAGAAAGACGUUUGGACAGUUUUCGAAGACAAUCGUGUUACAUUCAACAAGAUGAUCGUUUGCAACCGUUAUUGACCGUAAAUGAAAACAUGCAUAUUGCUGCGAAUCUUAAACUUUCUCAGGAUAAAUCUCAAAAAUAUAAAGAUGCAGUGGUAUAUAGUAUUAAGUUUCAUUUAUUAAUGAAAAAUAUAUGUAUACUAGAGGUCAAGUGUUUACAAUUUGAAUUGUGUAUAUAGGUGCAUGAAAUUUUAUCAACUUUGGGGCUUGACAAAUGUGUGGCCACGAGAACUGCAAGACUGUCUGGAGGUCAAAAGAAGAGACUUUCAAUAGCUCUAGAACUAAUAAAUAAUCCGAUGGUUAUGUUCCUAGAUGAACCAACGACGUAAGAAUAUUAAAAAUAUUUUGAUCCAUAAUAAACUAAUUAAUAUUACAAAUGUAUUUACUUUUUUUAAUUUGUUUAAAUAGAGGUUUAGAUAGUUCAUCAUGUUCUCAAUGUAUAUCACUCCUAAGAUUAUUAGCUCAUCAGGGAAGAACAAUAAUAUGCACGAUUCAUCAACCCAGUGCAUCAUUGUUCCAGAUGUUCGAUCAAGUAUAUAUUCUGGCGCAAGGAACAUGUUUGUAUCAAGGAUCUACUAGCAAUUUAAUACCAUUUUUAUCUAAGCUCGAAUUACCGUGUCCAAUUUAUCACAAUCCGGCUGAUUUUGGUAAAACAACAAAGCAUUUGUUAAAGCGGCACAUUUAUUAAAUUUAAUAUUAUACUUUCUUUAUACUCUAUAGUGAUUGAAUUGGCUUGCGGCGAUCAUGGAAAAGACAAAAUUGAUAAAAUGGUAAAAGAAAUAGAUAAUGGACAAUGUAUAAUCUGGACAGGAUUGUCAAAUCUCCGUGCUAUCAGUGACAGAAAUUCAGGUACCAUUAAAAAAUAUAGAAAGGAAUUAAAUAAUAUGAUGAAUAUCUAAAUCUACUACGUAUCAGUUGUUUUAAUAUUUGUUAAUUUAACGGUUUUUAUAUAAAAACACAAAUUCGAAUUUUAAAUUUGAUUUACUCUACAGUUAGAAAAACUUUUGUAAAUAUUAAAUAAUAGAAAAUUACUUUUUAUAAAAUAGGUACUAAACCAUCUAAAACUUUAAACAAAUGUGAUGUUCACGAAACUUCUUCUCGUAACCAACUGAAAUGUUUGCUGCAUCGAGGAUAUUUAAAGUGCAUACGAGAUCCGGUUUGUUAAAUUUAAAAUUAAAUUUAAAUUAAUAUGUUAAUUAAUAUUAUUAAUUAAUAUGUUAAUUUAUUAACAUUGAAUAGAGUAUAGGUAAUGCAAUAUUUUUUAACAGAUAUAAUUCAACAAUUUAUUUUAUAUUAUUUGUUUAAAAUAACUAUAGACACAGAUAGUUAGUUUUAUUUUUGGUUAAUAUUCACUAGGAAUAUUUAAUCAUGAUUAUAAAUUAUUAUUAAUUAUAAAUUAUAAUUUAUAAUAUACAAGGUGAUCGACAUUACGUAAGAUAAAAUUAUUUCAGAAAGGAUUUACUUUUUUCGAACUUUGAUUUUUGGAUCAUAUAAGAAAUAAUUAGCUCUAAAGUAUUACAGUUUGGUUAUUUUUUGUCGCCCUUAUUAUAAAGUGUGACACUAUUAUAUAAUAUUGUUUUUUUUAAAAGACAACCUAUAAUAAAAAUCUUUAUGUAGUGUGAAAGUAGUGGAACACUAUUAAAACGCUACACGAAUUAUGCAUUACUACUUUCUCCCUUUUGAAAUUUAAAAGUGGAGUAUCUCUUUAACGAGUUGACGGAAAUUAAAAAUUUCAUCAGUAAUAUUGAUUUAAACUAAUAUUAAAUCUAUUUAUGUAAUUUUUUAAUAUAAGUUGCUAUUUGAAAAUUAAAAGUGGGUAAUUGUUUUACCCCCUAAAAUAAGGGCGACAAAAAAAGAGCAAUUUUAUAUUUUAGAGCUACUUAUUUCUUAAAUGUUCUAAAAUACAAAAUUCGAAAAAAGUUAAUACUUUCCGAGGUAAUGAGUAUCUUACGUUAUGUUGAUCCCUCUGUAUAAAAUGUACUAUUAGUUUAACACAGUAAAUAUUGUUUUAAAAUCUAAUUGUAUGGCUCAAUUACAAUUUUAAACACAUAAAUGUAGAUUGCUAAUAAUUAAUUCAAUUUUUUUCUCUAGGAUUUGACAUAUCUCCGAUUUGGUGUUAAUAUAGUAGUAAGUUUAUUAUUAGGUACACUAUUUUUACAAAUCGGCGAUGAUGGUAACAAAAUAUUUGAUAACUAUAACUUACUAUUCUCUAUUUUAAUGCAUCACGUCGGGUCAACAUUGAUGUUAAAUAUCAUUAAUUGUAAGUUUGAAAUAUAAUUUAUUUAUACGUAAAUACAUGUAUAAUAAUUCAAUUAUUUUUCAUAUAAGUUCCCGCUGAAAUUUCUAUACUGACCAAAGAACAUUUUAAUAGAUGGUAUUCAUUAAAAACAUAUUAUAUUGCUACGAAUAUACUUGAUAUUCCUAUCACGGUAAGAUUCUAAAGAAUUAAUAGUUUAAUUUUCUAAACAAAAUAAAUAUAUUAAUAACGUUAUUAUUCUGUUUUAGACACUUGGUUGUUUGAUAUUUUCAGUGAUAAUUUAUGUAAUGACAGGACAACCAUUGGAAUGGGAUAGAUUUGCCAUGUUUACGUUCAUUAGUUGGUUAAUGGUUCUAAUUUCUCAAAGUUUGGGUUUCAUUAUUGGUGCCUGGUUCAGCGUCAUAGUAAGUACCAGAAAUUUAGAAAUAUCAUACAUUAUUUUAGAUUUUAGUUUAUUAUUUAAAUAUUUAUUUUAUAUAAUAGUUAUAUAGUAGUUUGUGAGCCGAAUCUAGCUUCAAUUCAUAAAUAUCUGCAAAAUCUAUACUAUUUGAUCGUGAAAUGUUAAUUGAUUAAUUGAUAUUAAAAAAAAAAUGUAUUUUGUAGUAUCUAACCAUAAUCUAACUACAAAAUAUUAAUUUAUCAUCGGUUUUGAAUACCGACUAUUAGAUCCUUCCUCGAAUGGUUAGUUACAUAAUAUUUAACUAUUAAAAAUUUGAAAUAUUUAUAAUAUAUUAUUACAUACAAUAUUUCAAGAAUUAUUGUUAAAUAUCUUGUAUAGGUAUACCCGAAAAUUUAAUUUUGUUAAAUUGUAUAAUAUAUGUAUAAAAAAAAAACCAAAAUCAAAAAAAAAAAAAUGCCUAUAAAACAUUCACUGGUACAUAAUAACACGGUUCACAAAUACGUUUAGAAUUUAAUCUAUCACUUUUCGUAUAAACAUUUUUAUUAUCAAUGAAAUCCAGUUAAAUAAUUACAUUUAGCGAAAAGCUUAAAAGUGUUUUGACGUGCGAGAGAGCGUACCUAAACAUAUUAUUAUUAUUAUUAUUGUUAUUAUAAUCCAACUUGUCGGCGGUUUGUUAUUAUUAUAGAACGGCAACUUCGUGGGCCCAAUUAUCGUCGUUCUGUUGAUGAUGUUUAGCGGGUUUGGCGUGAAUCUCCGUGACAUCCCGCAUAUGUUAAAAUGGGGUACGGAAAUAUCUUUCUUGCGAUACGGUCUGGAAGCACUGGUGGCCGCCAUAUACGAUAAACGUGGCAUUUUGCCGUGUUACACGUUAUAUUGUCAUUACAAAUACCCGGCAAAGUUUUUGGAAGAAGUUGCCAUGCCCACGGACAAGUUCUACGCCGACGUGUUCGCGUUGCUCAUCACUCUAUUGAUCACCAGAGUGGCGGCGUACUUUAUGCUACGGAUGCGAAUCAAAGCCAGAGUGUCCAUAUGAUUAAUUAUUAUACCUAACUCAUAAUAAUAUUACAUUUCCUACGAUUUACAUGACACGAAUUGCAUACAUAAUAUUUAGAUUUAAGAAACGUGUAGGUCAUGUGCGAUGAUUAAGUGAUUUUUUUUAAUCGUGUUUUAUUUAUUAGUGAUGUGUUAUUAUUUUGUACAAUUAUUUAAUCAAAACUCCCUAUUAGUUGUUUAAUAUUCGGUAAGCAACGUACAGGAAAAUAUUGAAAUAUAUAUACAUUGAUUAUUAAAAUUAGAAAUUGUGUUUUAUAACAUUUGGGUGAUUAUUAUAGAAUUUAUUUUAUAAACUAUUUGUUUGUAUAAUAUUAUUAUAAUAUAGCAUAUACAACAUAUUUCUUAAUUUUUAAUUUAUUGUUUUUAUCGAAAAGUUGUAUUCAUCUUUGAAUUUCCGUUAAAUGUUUUACCUAUAUACGAUAUUGAAAACCAUACAGCCGGCUAUACUUACUGGAUCCUAUUAUAAUACUGAUAUUUGUAAUAGCAUGGUUAUAUUAUAAGAAUAGACAGUAUAUAAUAUUAUUAUUAAUAUUUUUAAUUUAAAACAAUUAAUUUAUUUUUUAUUUUGUAUAAAAUUAUUAUAUUUUUUAACAUUUUACAAUAUUAUGAUUGUUAUACAAAAUUAUAUUACAUUAAUAAAUAAUAAAACAAUGAGAAUAACACUAUACACUAUAUACAACUACACUUUAAUACUGACAUUCAUAUUUACGUUAAAGUAUAUUAAAAUGUAAUUAUGCGUAGAACGUGGAAAUGCAUUAUAUUUAUUUUUGUUGUUUACGAACGUUUUAUAGAAAUAAUUGAUUUAAAAUAUACAAUAAAAUUUAAGAGUAAUUUAGUAUAAUACUAUAAUAUCAAAUAUACCAAUACAACCUGUAGCUUUGUUUUAUUUACAAUAUUUUUAUAAACAAAUUUCUUUUGAAAUGCAAUGCAUUUAAAAGGGAUUCCAAAUUUGUAUAAAUGUAAAUGUAGAAUGCAUUAAUUAUGAAAAUAAAGAUAUUGAAUGGGAAUGCUUUUUUUUUUUAAAAAGGAAUCGUCCAAACAAUGAAUAUAUGUAUGAUAUACUACAUAAGUAUAGUUGUAACAAUAAAACGACUCGUAAAUCAAAGAAAAAUUAGCCGGUUUGACGAUUCUACUUUGGGGUGAACAGAUUUCGUUUACUUACAUAUUAUAAAACUGUAUAGACGCAGUCCAAUAAAAUUAUUGGUAAUCCUUGUGACGGAAUCGAAUGCUUGAAAAUAAUACAGGUAUUUAAAUAAAUCGUAGAAAUAACGUGUAGUAAAUUUCUAAUAGUAACGUUGUGCUUUUAUAAUAUUUAUAAAAUAUCUCUCGGUUUGGUUGUAACUCGCGGUAUGAGUAUGUAAAUUUACAAUAAUCAAACACCGUACGUCUAAUAGAAAAUCGACUGGGUAAAAAACAAUCAAAUUAUUAUUUUGCGCAGCUAUCUCCUCAAAGAC